CAGAACUGUAGUAGAAGGCAUGCCCUCGCCCUGCUCCUAUUUUAUUGAUUCUUAAAAUACCAAAGAAUAAUUCUGCUAAAGUUACACUUUGAAAGCUCACAAUUUUAUUGCAUAGCUUGUGAUUUUUCCAAUUAUAUGAAGCUCUAAAUAUUACAAGAGUUGUUUUAAAAAAAUCGAUACAGAGCUAGUGAAUUUUCUAGCAAUGCAAGGUCUCUAAUUUUCUCUCAGAAUGUCUUAUUAUAAUAGUGAGAUAAACAGUAAUAAUUAGAAUUUGCAUUUAAAAAGUCUCCCCUUCUUAUCUUUAAGCCAUUUCAUCCACCUCAGCUCUUUUGUUUGAGCCCAUUGAAAUCUGAGAUUCUCACCUGGAGCUUCCUUUGGCUUCUCAGUAUUUAACUUAAUGAAUGCAAUCAUGGGCAGCGGGAUCCUUGGAUUGGCAUAUGCUAUGGCCAAGACAGGAAUAAUCGGGUUUAGUGUGUUGCUGAUGCUUGUUGCCAUUCUUGCAUCUUACUCCAUAUUCCUGUUGCUUACUAUGUGCAUUCACACUGCUGUCACUUCCUAUGAAGAUCUCGGUCUCUUCGCAUUUGGCUCACCUGGGAAGGUUCUUGUGGCCAGUACAAUCAUCAUACAGAACAUUGGAGCAAUGUCCUCUUAUCUUUUCAUUAUCAAGUCUGAACUUCCUGGGGCCAUUGCAGGAUUUCUGAGUGAAGACCACAGUGGUUCCUGGUACCUUGACGGGAGAUUGCUGCUCCUGAUUACCUCCGUCUGCAUUGUCUUUCCUCUAGCACUUCUUCCUAAAAUUGGCUUUCUUGGCUACACAAGUAGUUUAUCAUUUUUCUUUAUGGCGUAUUUUGCUCUCGUGAUCAUAAUUAAAAAGUGGUCCAUUCCGUGCCCUUUGCCUCUCAACUUCGCUGUUUCAAAUUCUACAGAAGAAUGUAAACCAGCACUUUUUAAUUUUUCUAAGGAGAGUGCUUAUGCUAUUCCGGUUAUGGCGUUCUCAUUUCUCUGCCAUACAUCAGUAUUGCCAAUUUAUUGUGAGCUCCAAAGUCCGUCCAAAAGCAGGAUGCAGAAGGUAGCCAACACAGGAAUUGGCUUGAGCUUUCUGGUUUAUUUGGUGUCGGCACUUUUUGGAUACCUCACUUUUUAUGGUCACGUGGACUCAGAGCUGCUGCGAGGAUACAGUAGGUACUUGCCCCAUGACACAGUCAUCAUGACAGUCAAACUGAGCAUCCUUUUUGCGGUGUUGUUGACAGUUCCCCUCAUCCACUUUCCCGCGAGGAAAGCUGUGAUGAUGGUAUUUUUUUCCCAUCUUCCCUUCUCUUUGACCCGCCACAUCUUCGUCACUUUAGCACUCAAUGCAACUUCUGUCUUGCUGGCUAUGUAUGUACCUGACAUUACACAACUUUUUGGAGUAGUCGGGUCUACCUCAUCAACCUGUUUACUUUUUAUAUACCCUGGGUUGUUUUACCUUAAGAUCAGCACAGAAGAUUUCGUUUCACGGCAUAAACUUGGGGCAUGUGCGUUGCUCAUUUUUGGCCUCUUGGUUGGCCUCGUCAGUUUAGCACUAAUCAUUUACAAUUGGAUUCAUCAUUGAAAGCAUUCCUGCCUUCUGGAACUUGGAGCUGCUACUCAGAUAAACAUUUCAGCAACAUCUGAAGUGAAAUCACUGCUUCAAAUGCUGGGGGAGAAAGAAAGGCUUCACAAAAGUUUGCAAAUCAUAACAAAUCUGCACUGCAAAUCAGAUUUUUUUUCCUUACUGCAAAAUUGAGCUGGAACUCAAGAAAAUUAUAGCAGCAGUUUUAUCAUUUUUUACUCUUUAGUAAUCCUUUUCCACUUACGGGCUUCUUUGCCUUGCAAACAACAUCCAGAAAGAUCCAAUCAAAAAACUCAGAGAUCACAAUGACAUCAUGUUAUAUUAUCUGGUUCCAGUUAUAAGUGUUUUGGAAGAACUGAAGAAAUGUUGGGGUGUUUUUGCACAACAACCUCCAAAAUUCCCCUGUCAGCAUGACCAAAAAAUUGGAAUGUGCUAUCCAGAACAAAAUAAACAAACAAAACCCAGCAAAACCUCAGAAACGUUUCCAUGCUCUGCCUGUCUCUGGCCAGCUAGUAAACAACCAAAAAUCGAGUAUUCAGUGUGGUAGAGUUGUGGCUGAAAUCCAACAAUACAAGGCAGUCUUCUGAGAACAUCCUGCAAAAAGUGGCUGAAAUCCUGCUACACCUGCUGCUGUCAGUUCCACAGAAACAGCAUUCAAAACUCCUCCAUCCUUCUUGCCCAGCAAAGAGCUCCAAUAUGCAAACCGAAGCCAAGUCUGGUCUAGCUCUGAUUAAAGCCUGCCAUCCCAGUUGAUUUAUAGUUCAGCAGAAAAACAAGAAAUCACUGUGAGAUUAACCCUGCCUGCCUGCCUGCCAGUGUGUCCUGACUUUUUUACUGAACAGUAAAAUGUGUACAGUUUUUAUCCUUCAUUGCAUUCGGAGGUAAGAUCCCAGGGUUAAUGUAAAAUAAAACUCUGGUUUCUUUCAA